AGGCGGGGCUCUUGGAGAGACCGUCACCUCAGCAGGCCUAUGUGCCCGGAGAAAGCUGACCCGGUGUGCGAGCUGCACUACACUUCCCGGGAGGCUGUGCGCGAAGGGCGUGUCACGUGACGCGAGCGCGGGCUUUGGAAGGCGGCAGCGAGACUGAGCGGCGGGCGGGCUCGGAGGAGCGGGGCUCGGGACUCGCUUGGCGCCACCGGGCCAGCGCUGACGGCGGAGGCUCAGCCAUGGGAAUUCAAGGCCUGGCCAAGCUAAUUGCUGACGUGGCCCCCGGUGCCAUCCGGGAGAAUGACAUCAAGAGCUACUUUGGCCGCAAGGUGGCCAUCGACGCCUCCAUGAGCAUCUACCAGUUCCUGAUCGCGGUGCGCCAGGGGGGAGAGGUGCUGCAGAACGAGGAGGGGGAGACCACCAGUCACCUGAUGGGCAUGUUCUACCGCACCAUCCGCAUGAUGGAGAACGGCAUCAAGCCCGUGUACGUCUUCGAUGGCAAACCGCCGCAGCUCAAGUCGGGCGAGCUGGCCAGGCGCAGCGAGCGGCGUGCAGAGGCGGAGAAGCAGCUGCAGCAGGCCCAGGCUGCCGGGAUGGAGGAAGAGGUGGAAAAGUUCACCAAGCGGCUGGUGAAGGUCACGAAGCAGCACAACGAGGAGUGCAAGCAUCUGCUGAGCCUCAUGGGCGUCCCGUACCUCGACGCCCCCAGUGAGGCGGAAGCCAGCUGUGCCGCCCUGGCGAAGGCCGGCAAGGUCUACGCCGCGGCCACCGAGGACAUGGACUGCCUCACCUUCGGCAGCCCCGUGCUCAUGCGGCACCUGACUGCCAGUGAGGCCAAGAAGCUGCCCAUCCAGGAGUUCCAUCUGAGCCGCGUCCUGCAGGCGCUGGGCCUGACCCAGGAGCAGUUUGUGGAUCUGUGCAUCCUGCUGGGCAGCGACUACUGCGAGAGCAUCCGGGGCAUCGGGCCCAAGCGGGCCGUGGACCUCAUCCAGAAGCACAAGAGCAUUGAGGAGGUUGUGCGGCGGCUCGACCCCAGCAAGUACCCCGUGCCGGAGAACUGGCUGCACAAGGAGGCGCAGCAGCUCUUCCUGGAGCCCGAGGUGCUGGACCCGGAGUCUGUGGAGCUAAAGUGGAGCGAGCCCAACGAGGAGGAGCUGGUCAAGUUCCUGUGCAGCGAGAAGCAGUUCUCCGAGGAGCGGAUCCGCAGCGGGGUCCGGCGGCUGAGCAGGAGCCGCCAGGGCAGCACGCAGGGCCGCCUGGAUGACUUCUUCAAGGUGACCGGCUCGCUGUCCUCAGCCAAACGCAAGGAGCCAGAGCCCAAGGGGUCCGCGAAGAAGAAGGCGAAGACGGGGGCGGUGGGGAAGUUCAAAAGGGGGAAAUAAAGCCGUGGCGCCCCUGACCUGAGUGCCUGCCUCCUGUACCCUCAGAAGCCGGAGCUGGGAAGCACCUGCGCCACCCCUCUUGGUGCUUCCCUGACACUGGCGGCGUGCGGGAAGGUUGCCCAGCUGCUGCUUCCUCCUAUAUGUAGCUCAGGGAAGUGUCAGGCUCAAACCACCUCUCGGCGGACACUGGAUCCAUGUUACGGGACAGUGACGGUGACAGCAGCAUGUCUUAAAGCAGGACGAGGGAGGGAAGUGGCAGGGACCACACGGGGACAUGGUUUCUCGGCUGGCCAGCCAGGGGCCCUCAGGAGGCUAUGGCAGAACCCCGCUGUACUCCUUUCCUGCUCCGCCUUCCCUCGACCCAGCCUAGAAGGAAGAGCGGAGAGAGUAGGAGGCCCUGCGCUUGGAACAAGGCUUGGACCCCCGGCUGCAUCCUGAGGUGGCGGGCACGUGACCAGCUGGGCGAUGUGUGAAGGCGCCGCUCCCAGAGGAGUAAGGUGGCAUGCUCUUCCAGUCUUUCUGGGGCAGUUGACUAAGACUGGGAUUAAACACUGGUUUCCUAUGCUGUUUUUAUUUUAGAUGUGAAUGGGAAAAAAAAAUCAAUAAAAUGGUAAAAGUAU